AGUUCUCCUAUUCCUGAAUUUUCUCCUGGCGGAAGAGGACCUCUUUGUCCAGCGGCAGGGCUGAUCAGGGGCUGAUUCCGCAGCUAUAGUAGUACAGAACCUUUCUGCAAGUAAGUUAGUGAGGUCGAGAUAACUCUCUCUCACUUGCUUUGCAUUAAUAGAUUCUCUGCUGUGUGGGAUGAUCCUUCAAAUAGCAGGGGCCAGGAUCAAAUACCCUCACCUUCCAGACCCAAGAAUUCUGUGCACAAGAGUUUCUUACAAAAUCGUCCUAUCCAGCAUGCACUUUUGGAUACUCUUUCAACUCAGAAGUCAACAUAAAGGGUAUGGAUGAUGACGCCACUCACAGAUUCAAAGAAAGGGCAAACUGGCAGAGUGAGUCAUUGGAUGUUGCUGGCACAUCUAUAAAGAUCCAGUGGCCCAAGUUGUGUACCUGAAUUCAAGCAGUGGGACAAAUGAGGGUUUGGCAUGCAGCUCGUCAUCUUAAGAGUUACUAUCUUCUUGCCCUGGUGUUUCGCCGUUCCAGUGCCCCCUGCUGCAGACCAUAAAGGAUGGGACUUUGUUGAGGGCUAUUUCCAUCAAUUUUUCCUGACCAAGAAGGAGUCGCCACUCCUUACCCAGGAGACACAAACACAGCUCCUGCAACAAUUCCAUCGGAAUGGGACAGACCUACUUGACAUGCAGAUGCAUGCUGUGCUACCCCAGCCCCACUGUGGGGUGCCUGAUGGGUCCGACACCUCCAUCUCGCCAGGAAGAUGCAAGUGGAAUAAGCACACUCUAACUUACAGGAUUAUCAAUUACCCACAUGAUAUGAAGCCAUCCGCAGUGAAAGACAGUAUAUAUUAUGCAGUUUCCAUCUGGAGCAAUGUGACCCCUUUGAUAUUCCAGCAAGUGCAGAAUGAAGAUGCAGACAUCAAGAUUUCUUUCUGGCAGUGGGCCCAUGAAGAUGGUUGGCCCUUUGAUGGGCCAGGUGGUAUCUUAGGCCAUGCCUUUUUACCAAAUUCUGGAAAUCCUGGAGUUGUCCAUUUUGACAAGAAUGAACACUGGUCAGCUUCAGACACUGGAUAUAAUCUGUUCCUGGUUGCAACUCAUGAGAUUGGGCAUUCUUUGGGCCUGCAGCACUCUGGGAAUCGGAGCUCCAUAAUGUACCCCACUUACUGGUAUCACGACCCUAGAACCUUCCAGCUCAGUGCCGACGAUAUCCAAAGGAUCCAGCAUUUGUAUGGAGAAAAAUGUUCAUCUGACAUGCCUUAGUGUUAGCACAGAGGACUUAUUCAACCUGUCCUUUCAGGGAGUUUAUUGGAGGAUCAAAGAACUGAAAGCACUAAAGCAGCCUUGGAGACUGCUAGGAUGAAGCCCUAAAGAAUGCAACCUAGUCAGGUUAGCUGAACCGACACUCAAAACGCUACUGAGUCACAAUAAAGAUUGUUUUAAAGAGUAA